AUGCAGCAAAUCCAUGCCUUCUCUGUAAGGCAUGGUGUUCCACUCAGCAACCCAGACAUGGGCAAACACCUCAUUUUCACCACUGUGUCUCUCAAAGCUCCUAUGCCCUAUGCCCACCAUAUAUUUUCCCAAAUCAGAAGCCCUAAUGUCUUCACAUGGAACACCAUGAUUAGAGGAUAUGCUGAGAGUGAGAACCCAACUCCUGUUCUUCAACUUUACCACCAAAUGCAUGUGAAUUCUGUGGAACCUGAUACACACACUUACCCUUUUCUUCUAAAGGCUGUGGCUAAGUUGACGAAUGUUAGAGACGGUGAGAAGAUACAUUCCAUUGCUCUGAGAAAUGGGUUUGAGUCAUUGGUCUUUGUUAAGAACACCUUGCUUCACAUGUAUGCAUGUUGUGGCCAUGUUGAGAGUGCACACAGGGUGUUUGAGUCAAUGUCUGAGAGAGACCUUGUGGCUUGGAAUUCUGUGAUUAAUGGGUUUGCUUUGAACGGGAGGCCCAAUGAGGCUUUGACUAUUUUCAGGGAUAUGAGUUUGGAGGGUGUUCAGCCAGAUGGGUUCACCAUGGUUAGCUUGUUGUCUGCUUGUGCUGAGCUUGGAACUUUGGCUUUGGGUAGGAGGAUCCAUGUGUAUAUGCUGAAGGUGGGCUUGACCGGGAAUUCACAUGCUACUAAUGCCCUUCUGGACCUUUAUGCAAAGUGUGGGAGCAUCAGAGAGGCACAAAAGGUGUUCACAACGAUGGACGAAAGGAGUGUGGUUUCUUGGACUGCUUUAGUUGUUGGGUUGGCUGUUAACGGGUUUGGUAACGAAGCACUUGAGCUUUUCAAGGAGUUGAGGAGAGAGGGAUUGGUGCCUACUGAGAUCACUUUUGUUGGGGUCUUGUAUGCCUGUAGUCAUUGCGGGAUGGUUGAUGAAGGAUUCAAUUACUUUAGAAUGAUGAAGGAGGAGUAUGGAAUUGUCCCCAGAAUAGAACAUUAUGGUUGCAUGAUUGAUUUGUUAGGUAGGGCUGGCUUAGUGAAAGAAGCAUAUGAAUACAUUAACAACAUGCCCAUGCAGCCCAAUGCUGUUAUCUGGAGGACCUUGUUAGGAGCAUGCACAAUACACGGGCACUUGGCUCUCGGAGAGACUGCAAGAGCCCACAUCCGAGAGUUAGAGCCUGGACAUAGUGGAGAUUAUGUGCUCCUUUCCAAUCUCUAUGCAUCUGAGCGUCGUUGGUCAGAUGUGCAAAAGGUGAGGAGGACAAUGCUUAGUGAUGGGGUGAGGAAAACUCCAGGGUAUAGCAUUGUUGAGUUGAGGAAUUGUAUUUAUGAGUUUACGAUGGGUGAUAGAUCUCAUCCCCAAAGUGAAAAAAUAUACACAAUGCUAGCAGAGAUCACAAAUCUGUUGAAACCAAAAGGGUACGUGCCUCAUACAGAAAAUGUUCUUGCAGACAUAGAGGAGGAGGAAAAAGAAAAUGCAUUGUCCUACCAUAGUGAAAAAAUUGCAAUUGCCUUUAUGAUCCUAAAUACUGCAUCAGGAAUCCCAAUUAGGAUUUGGAAGAAUUUGAGAGUUUGUGCAGACUGUCAUCUUGCAAUUAAACUCAUAUCCAAGGUUUAUGAGCGGGAGAUUGUUGUGAGGGAUCGCAGUCGAUUUCACCAUUUCAGAGAUGGUUCUUGUUCUUGUAGAGAUUACUGGUAA